AUGGUCAAUCACGCAAUUGAUUUUCUUGUAUCGGAAAAAAAGAAAUUAAUUGAAGAAAAUAAAGAAUUGGUAUCGGGUGUGGACUUGUUCGUGUGGAAGACGUUCCUCUUCCUCCUCUCUUUUCAUUUUCUUUUUCUCUCUCGCUCGCCGCCUCUUGCUGUUCUCUCUUCUCUAAAAUUCUUCACUCAAACGAAAAACAGAGUAUACUCUGAGUUUUCUCUUUUCAAUCAGUUCAAGCUGGCGAUCGAAAACCAAGAAUCCACUGUCCGUGAAAUCAAGCCCAAGAACAGAAGAAUCAUGGGAGCUGGUGGGCCUGAUGAAGAAGAUAACAGGUGGCCUCCAUGGUUGAAACCUUUGUUAAGAGAACAAUUCUUUGUUCAAUGCAAGCUUCAUGUUGAUUCUCACAAGAGCGAAUGCAAUAUGUACUGCUUAGAUUGCAUGAAUGGCUCUCUCUGCUCCUUUUGCCUGGUUUCUCACAAGGAUCAUCGUUAUAUUCAGAUUAGGAGGUCUUCAUACCAUGAUGUGAUAAGGGUAUCUGAGAUACAGAAAUACCUGGACAUAUCUGGAGUUCAAACUUAUGUUAUUAACAGUGCUAAGGUUGUUUUCCUCAAUGAGAGGCCACAGCCAAGGCCUGGAAAAGGUGUCAUCAACACCUGUGAGGUCUGUGACCGUAGCCUUGUGGACUCCUUCCGCUUCUGUUCUCUUGGUUGCAAGAUUGUUGGCACAUCAAAGAAUUUCCAGAAGAAGAAGAGGCAUCUGGCCAUGGCAUCGGACUCUGAGGAUUCAUUCAGCAGCAGUAGCCAUGGAAAGCUGAAGAACAACAACAAAGAAAACAACAAAGUCCGGAGCUUUAGUCCUUCAACACCCCCUCCAACUUCGGUUAAUUACCGAACUGCCAAACGAAGAAAGGGGAUUCCCCACAGAGCCCCAAUGGGAGGACUAAUCAUAGAAUAUUAGCCAUAGCCAUUGUGGGUUUUUUUUUUAUUUUCCCCCUUAAGUUUUAAAUAUAUUUACCCUACUAUACAAGUCAUCGUCACAAUGCCAACCUUUUUCCGCGAAAAGGGCCGGCAUUGUCACACUCCCCCUGCCUCUUUUGUAGUAUUGUGUAUAUAGAAGCAGCAAAACAUAGAAGUGGAAAAUGAUGGAAAACAAGUGGAAAAAUAAUCCCCCCAAAUGUUGAGGACUUGAAUGUUACUAUUAAACAUAAAACAGGGUGCUUUUCUUUUCUAGAGUGAAUUAUACAUAAGUUUUUGGGCAAAAAGUGAGAUGUAAAUAAGGUUUUACCUUUUAAGUGGAAGGGUAGUGAAAAUAGAAAAGAACCGUGUACUCCUCUGUUGUAGGAGGAGAGAAGGGAUGUUUAUAUGUGGAAUGAAAUAAGAAGAUUUUACUUCGUACGUUGUAUAA